AUGUCUGAAGCGUAAAGAAAAUCAAAGCUCUCAGCAUCUCGCAGACUCUUCCUGAAGACCAAACUGCUGAAAAGGGCAGCAGCCUUGUUGGAGAAGGAAAAGGAGGAGAAAAUGCUUGAAAGAGAGGCCGUGCUGAAUGAGAGAGUCCCUCCACUGAAGGUGUCUGGUUUGUCGUUGCAGGACCUGCAGGCUCUGUGUAAAGAAUUGCACCGUAAGAUUGAUGUCGUCGAUGAAGAGCGCUAUGACAUCCAGGUCAAGGUGGCCAAGAAUAACAAUGAGAUUGAGAACCUGUCUCAGAAGAUCUUUGAGCUGAAGGGCAAGAUGAAGCGACCUGCUCUCAAGAGGGUGAAGAUCUCGGCGGACGCCAUGCUGGGAGCCCUGCUGGGUGCAAGGGUCAAAGAGUCUGUCGACUUCAAGGCCAACCUCAAGACUGUCAAGAAGGAGGAAGAGAAGAAAGAGGAGGUGACCGACUGGCGUAAGAAUGUGGAGGCCAUGUCUGGCAUGGAGGGCAGGAAGAAGCUGUUUAAUGCUGGACAGUAGAUGUGGUGUACGUGGAUACCCUG